AUGUCCACGAACAACAUGUCGGACCCACGGAGGCCGAACAAAGUGCUGAGGUACAAGCCUCCGCCGAGCGAGUGUAACCCGGCCUUGGACGACCCGACGCCGGACUACAUGAACCUGCUCGGCAUGAUCUUCAGCAUGUGCGGCCUCAUGCUCAAGCUGAAGUGGUGCGCUUGGGUCGCUGUCUACUGCUCCUUCAUCAGCUUCGCCAACUCCCGGAGCUCUGAGGACACUAAGCAGAUGAUGAGUAGCUUCAUGCUGUCCAUCUCUGCCGUGGUGAUGUCAUAUCUUCAGAACCCUCAGCCCAUGACACCCCCUUGGUGA